AUGGCUGAUCCACGGCCGUUGCUGCUCAACGAUUCGGAGCCAACUCAAUUCCAGAACGCCAGACCCACCCGAAUCGCCUCCCUUGACGUCUUCCGCGGCCUCUCUGUUUUUCUUAUGAUAUUGGUGGAUUACGGGGGUUCCAUCUUCCCCAUCAUUGCUCAUGCCCCCUGGAAUGGGAUUCACUUGGCUGAUUGCGUCAUGCCAUUUUUUCUCUUCAUUGCUGGAAUUUCUCUUGCACUCCUUUAUAAGAGAAGGCCGCAGAGAACACAAGCUACAUGCAAAGCUUUAGCUAGAGCAAUCAAACUAUUUCUUCUUGGUAUUGUUCUUCAAGGUGGCUAUUUUCACGGAAUAACUUCCUUGACUUUUGGUGUUGACAUUGAAAGAAUUCGGUGGUUGGGAAUUUUACAGAGGAUAUCUAUUGGAUACAUUGUUGCAGCUUUAUGCGAGAUCUGGCUUCCACCUCCUCGAUGGAAAGAAAAAAAUUUAUUCAGAAGUUACUAUUGGCAUUGGUUUGUUGCGGUAAUAUUGUUGGCACUUUACUCAGGAUUAUUGUAUGGACUAUAUGUUCCAGAUUGGCAGUUUGAUGUAUCAGCCUCAACCUCUUCGUUGCCUCCUGUUGGUGGUAGUGAUAUUUACACGGUGAAUUGUUCAGUGAGAGGUGAUCUUGGACCUGCUUGUAAUUCUGCUGGAAUGAUAGAUCGCUACAUUCUUGGUCUUGGGCAUCUGUAUAGGAAGCCCGUUUACAGAAACCUCAAGGAGUGCAAAAUGUCUGCUAAGGGUCAAUUUUCAGAUAGUUUACCUUCAUGGUGUCAUGCUCCUUUUGAUCCAGAAGGCAUUUUAAGCUCCAUAACAGCAGCAGUUUCGUGCAUACUUGGACUUCAAUAUGGUCACGUUCUUGCCCACCUACAGGAUCACAAAGAGCGCCUAUACAACUGGAUGUGUUUUUCCCUUUCAUUUUUGGCUCUUGGUUUGAUCCUGGCUUUAAUAGGAAUUCCUCUAAAUAAAUCGCUGUACACCGUCAGCUAUAUGCUACUAACUUCUGCAGGUUCUGGUCUCACGUUCAUUGCUUUAUAUUAUCUGGUAGAUGUUCAUGGCCACAGGCGUUUGACAGCGGUGUUGGAGUGGAUGGGAAAACACUCUUUGAGUAUAUUUGUCGUCGUGUCUUCAAACCUGGCCGUGAUUGCUAUUCAAGGAUUUUAUUGGAAUAAACCCGAAAACAACCUUAUAAACUGGAUUGUGACACGUUUUCGACCAUACAUAACGUCCUCGUAUUCAGCUGGUGUUAGAUUUUGA